AUCGAUUAGUGGAGAGACGAUUAGAUGUCUUCCAAAAAAAUACAUUAAUUCGUUCAGCAUUUUAUUAAAACAGGGAACAGACAACACGAGUGUUAGAAAAUCUUGUGCGAAUUAGUGAAGUUGUGAGAUGAGAUUGUGUUGUGUGGCUCAUGCUUCUUUGGCGUAAGCAACAUAGCAACUUUGAAGGCAGAGCCAAAGUACCAACAACAGCAGCAGCACCAGCAACCAAGAAAUCAAAACGUUGUCCAUUUGUUGUUGUGUCGUUGCCAAAUCGUCGUGUAAUAUAGUCAAGUCUUACGUACGGGAGAAAAAAAACUCGGCAUUUGUGACGCGGUCUCCCCUCAAACAAACCAACCAGCCAUCAAAUCAUUAGUCUGCUCUUGCCUACCUAGCCCCCACUCUCAUUCCCCAUUCUCUCACCCAAAGAGGAAUCCUCUUACUCUCUCUCCAACCAUCAUCCUCCCCCUAGACCCCCGUUUAUUAGCACAUACUGUGAGAUAAGCACUUUGGUGAAGCCCGCAUUAGUAACCGCAGCAGCCGCAGAAGAGCGACUAGAAAGUGAGAAAACACAGCUUCAAAAUCUAGCACACAACGCAUGUAUUGUUUUCUUCUACGAGAGUGACUCAAAAAAGAAGAACCCCCCCCCAAAAAAAAAACACCGUUUCACUCCGUUACCAACUUUUGUUUGCUCCACAUAGAGAAGAAUAGAACGUGAUGGACCGCAGUAUGGAUUCUAUAGGCAGCUGUUCUUUAGAUGUCGAUGCUGAAUCAUCUGAUAUAUCAGAUACCAGUGGCAGUUUAAAUUUUCCCACACCCAUCUCCAUCAAGGACAUUACACGUGAGUUUACAGCCAACAUCCGAGAACGUUGUUCGCUGCAGACCGUAAAAAAUAAUACCACAGCUUAUGUAGAUCCUGUCACAGGACAAGUGUGCAUAGCACUGACAACACAACCGCCCAACACGACAUCAGCAACAGUGGGAACGGUGAACAAUAACAUAGCUAUUGGGGAGCCUCACUGUAAAACGACAGCGGCCACCGUGAAUCUCUUAUCACCACAAACGCCCGACGUCGAUACGUACGACAAGAAACCGAGUUAUUUAAAUUUGGCCUGUUGUGUCAACGGCUAUUCGAACAUAACUACAUACGAUUCGAAAAUACGACAAGAUAUCAACAAAUCACGCGAAGUCUCACCCAUUCGACCCUCGUCGAGUAGUCUGCAGUAUUGCAAGAAGAACAACUCUUUGGCACCACCCGUACUGCUGGCCAUGCCUAAUGUCAAUGUAACCUCGCCCCAUCACCAUCAUCUGCACAUGACUUCGAAUGGUGGUGGAGGCGGCAGCGGAAUUAUGACAACCAUAGGGACCAAAUACACCAUCAUCGAGAAUAAUAAUCAUGCACAGAAUGGCAGCGAUAGUCUGCACAAUCUUAGUGUGGGUGGUGAUGAGGUAGGUGGAGGUGGUGGUGGUGGUGUUGGUGGCGGAGGGUCUUCGUCUACCGCGCGUAGCUUUAUACAACAACGAGUAGAGAGAUUAUAUGGCCCCGGAGCAUUAGCCCAAGGCUUUUAUAGUCCCAAAAAGACCAAGGCCUCUCCACAACGUCUCAACCGUUCACAGACUUGCGAAAAUGGAGGCGGCAGUGCCACCUCGGAGCUGGCUCGAAAAUUCCAAGAGUUAUCGCCCAGUAAAGACUAUAAUAAGUUCCGCGAGAAGCUCACCACCAAUGGUAGACCCUCCAUACCGGCCAGUUUGUCCUCCUCGGCAGCGGACAAUUUAAAUACCGAGAAUAAUAACAUUGACUUACCAUGUUUGAGACAUUUAUCACAAGAAUUUAGAGCUCAAUUGCCCAUUGUGUCACCCAAAAGAAACUUCUCCAGAAGUUCCCCUGGCAGGGAACUAACGAACCACAGCAAUACCACGACGGUGUCAAACACCCACACCACCACAACAAAAACAAAUGAAACACAAAAUUACAGCACAAGUAAUGGCACCACCACUACAAGCAAUUCGAUCACCAAAACGACAACUACAACAAUUAAUAAUCAUUACCACCAUCCACACAAUAAUGAAUCCAAGUCACAAAAUAUCAUCAACUCAUCUGGUAUAGGUGAUCAAACCAUCGAUGAAGUGGAUCGCCAGAUACCUUUAGAGACGAGUACAGAGUUAGUUCAUACACCACUACCAGCAUCAGCGUCAUCAACGUCCUCGACAGUCCAUGUCCUCCAACCAUUAGCCGCCGAAGUAGUUGUAACACCAAAUUCCCAAAUUUCUAAAGAGACUGCUUUUAGCGACGCCACUGAAACACCAAACACUACUUCCAGUAAUGGUGCUGUGGCCCCCAUUAAGGAUGCCCAUUUCUUCCUGCAGCAAUUGAAGAGUGAACAAAAUCGUUUACUAGAGAUGGCAGCGGUAGCAGAGAAAUAUUUAGAUGCUCUAGCGAGUAAUCCUGAUAUUACCGAGGAUACUUUGGGUCUUUUACGUUCGGCUGCCGGAAAGGCCCGUCUAUUAGUCUCACAAAAGAUGAAACAAUUUGAAGGUUUGUGUCACAAUAAUCUUAACAGUUCACCGGAGGACCAGUUUCCAACCACAGUCGAUGAUUUGCAAGGAUUCUGGGAUAUGGUGUAUUUACAAGUAGAUCACAUAGAUUCAAUAUUUAAAGGAAUCGAACAAUUGAAGGCAAAUGAAUGGAAAAAACCCGCAGACAUGCUAAUGCCCACUAUGGCCAACAACAGCAGUAAUUCCUUAAAAACACCCAAAACCAUUAAGACAAACAAAUCGCGUGCAAACACCCCACUGGCAAAUGGUGGUGGUUCCAGUAGUGCAGCAUCAACGCCUUCCGCAGCGGCGCUCAAACGUGAGGCCCAACGUAAAAAAUUGCAAGAAAUGAAACGGCGCAAUCGGGAAGCUAUGGCUGCUGCUGCAGGCCACACAAACGAUACAUUAAUAGAUGGAGUUGAAAUUCUUGCAGUGGAUACUAAGGAGCAGGAAAGCUAAUUAUCUGCUUUGGCAAGGCCUUUUUAUAGGGGUCAUGAAAAUAAACGGGAACUAAUAGUUGAAUACUCUUACCAUACAUACUAAUCUAAUACGGAACUAACUAACUGUCUUGUCUCUAAUAAUAUACUCUAUCUUGCUAAUUAUAUCAUACUGUACCACUACUACCACUACUACUACCAAUACAACUAGUCUAGGAAAGCGCUAAGAAAAUAAUGCAAAAACAUCUAAAUUAUUUAAUGAGAAAUGAUAAAGAAAAAAAAAAUAUUAUAAUUGUGAGUAAAUUUAAGAAAAUAAAAAAUCCCUUAUAUGUCUUAAAAGCGAAGGAAACGCAAGAAGAGAACAUUAUGUGCAGGUUCAAAACAGAGUCGUGCUUAGAAAGCUAACCUCUUAUGUCCCCCACCCAUAAUAAACACAUUUUCCAAGCAUGCUGUAGAACCUAAAACCCCCCUAAACCCCAGUAAUGAGAACAAGAUCAAAUUUUUUAAGAAGCUAAAUUAAUUGUUACAAAAAUAUUUCGCAAAAAAAUUAACGCAAAAGGAAAAUCAAAACAAUUGUUACAAUUGUUAAUUAAUAUAAAAUAUACAAAAAAAUAAAAAAAAAACAAAUCACCAUAAAAUUGUGUUGUAUGAUGACAAAAACAAAGAAACAAAACACCUAACGAUAAAGAUAGAACAUAAAACGAACUUAUAUUGAAAUGCCUUUUAAAAAAAAUGUUUAUUUAGAAUUUAACAACAACAACAACAACAAACGAUUUAUGUAAUAAUCAUUCUCUAGUACAAGUAUUAACGAUAGUAUUGCUUUGCCCAUCCCCAUACAAAAUACAAUAUAUAGAAGAUGACUCAUUUGGCCAACUCCUCCAACUCUGCCCCCAAACCUAAACACUCUCCAAUUCAAUUCAAAAUGUGCAGAAAUCCCAGCUCGAUUCGGUUUUGUUCUUGUUUUAUAAGAAAAAAAAAAUAUGUUGUCUUAAACAAUCCAGUUGUAACUAAUUUUCUCCCCGCAUAUUGUACAAAAUUUUGUAAUUUAUUGAAGAGUCUAUUUGGGAAUAUUUUGAUUUUGUAUUCUUUUUUUAAUGGCGACAACAAAAGACAUUUUUUUCUAAUCGUUUAUAUAUGUAGGAAAUGUUAUUUGUUUUGAUACCACUACUACCACAUAAUCUACCUAUAUAUUUUUUACAUACCUUUAUUAAUUAAUGAUAAAGCAAAAAAAUGAGAAGAAAAAUAAUAAUCAAACAAACUUAUUUAACAUGUGUCUAAUAGUUUUAUUAUAAAAAAAAAUUAUCAUCAACAUCGUCAUAAUCAUAAUCAUUGCCCUUUUCAUACGCUAAAUUAAGAAGCCUUCCCUGGAAUUCCCUUUCUCUAACAUUUGUUUUUUAAUUUUUUAUGAUUUAUUAAUUUUUGUUGUUUGUAAUUUGUCGCCCUCUUUCUGCCUUCCGUUUUCACACUUGUGUCUUUAUUAAUACAAUUGAUAACCCCUAAGGACAGUCCUUAUAGUUGCUCUCUAUUUGUUCUAUAUACCCUACACAUAGCAUCAUACCAACAUACAUACAUAAAAUAUGCCUUGUUGCAUUUAUACAAAUCAAUUCACGUUUAUACUUUGUUUUGAAAUUUUCACCAAACUAAAAUUUUUUAACUUGAUUUGCAAAGAAACAGAAAAAAACGAAAUAUAGCUUUAAGUUGAAAAUAAUAUUUUAUUGAGAAAGAGAAGAAAAAAAAACAACAAAAGAAGAUUAAAAACAACAACAACAAAACCCACGACAACAACCAACUAAUAUUAAUAAAGUUAUUUUUUAUUCAUUAUCAACAAAACAAAA